GGACCCGGGCAGUGUGAGUGCCACCGAAAAUCAGCUCGAGUGCCACCUUUGGCACUCGUGCCACAGGUUGCCUCCCCUGAUAUAGAGGCUGGUGAAACCCGAUCAACAGGCGAAUGAAUGGAAUCCCAGUGUACUAAUGGUCACUUGAUGUGCGCUGGCUGUUUUAUCCACCUACUAGCAGAUGCCCGGCUGAAGGAGGAACAGGCUACGUGCCCCAAUUGCCGUUGUGAGAUCAGUAAGAGCCUAUGCUGUCGAAACCUGGCUGUGGAAAAAGCAGUGAGUGAGCUGCCAUCAGAAUGUGGCUUCUGCAUGCGGCAAUUUCCUCGCUCCCUUCUGGAGAGACACCAGAAAGAGGAGUGCCAGGACAGGGUGACUCAGUGCAGGUACAAGCGGAUUGGGUGCCCAUGGCAGGGUCCAUACCAUGAGCUGACAGGUCAUGAGGCGGAGUGCACUCACCCCACAAAGACUGGGAAUGAACUGAUGGAGAUUCUGGAUGAAAUGGACCAAACCCAUAAAAAAGAAAUGCAGCUGUAUAACAGCAUCUUCAGCCUGCUCAGCUUUGAGAAGAUUGGCUAUACAGAAGUUCAGUUCCGUCCCUAUCGAACUGAUGACUUCAUCACUCGCCUGUACUACGAGACGCCCAGGUUCACCGUGCUCAACCAGACCUGGGUGUUAAAGGCCCGCGUCAACGACUCUGAACGCAACCCCAAUCUGUCCUGCAAGCGCACCCUCUCCUUCCAGCUCAUUCUGAAAAGCAAGAUCAGUUCCCCCAUGGAAUGUUCCUUCCUGCUCCUGAAGGGACCCUACGACGACGUGAAAAUCAACCCCGUGAUCUAUCACUUCAUCUUCACCAGCGAGAACAAUGAGACGGAGUACGUGCCGCUCCCCAUCAUCGACUCUGUGGAAUGUAACAAACUGCUGGCUGCCAAGAACAUCAACCUGCGGCUUUUUAUAUUCCAGAUACAGAAAUAGGCAAGGCUGAGUUAUGCUGGAAGUUACCAAGAAAGCACCACUGAACCAUAGUUACCUCGUACGGCUGCCUGUGCCCGUUGUGAUUUCACAGUAAUUUGAUCAUUUUUAAAAGGAAAAAUACCAACAAAACGUCUGCAUGUGUAUGCAACAGCGUAAGCAGUCACAGCCUUCCUUCCCUUCCCUUCCUUCAUCCUCCCCAGGGACAGCCAAGAAUGGAGCCAGGUCCAUGCCGAGGACUGGCACAUGGGGGUGACAGCUGGGAAGCCUGCAGGUGCUGGCAGCAUACCAAGAGCUCUUUGGCAUGCUGUGGUGAGGGCGAGCUGGGGAGCCAGCGAUCCAGGCAGUUCAAUAUAUUGUGACUAGCCAGAGUUAUGUUGUCAUGGUAAAGUGCACAGUCUACAUGUGGCAGUUGGGGGAGCUGUAAGGGAGGCGCCUCCCUUCAGGCAGCAUGUGGCUUGAAUGAACCAGAUACAUUUCAGUUUCCGGUUUUGGAGUGGGGUGCACAGAGACAAGGGUAGCUGUGAUCGAGGGCUUGGGAGAGCCUAGUUCGUUAUUACUCGUGCAGUCUGGUCCUCUGUCUAUUUUAUCAGUAGAAUAAAACAAAUGGGGCCCCCUCUCGCCCUGAAAACACUAAUGAGGUGUUUGAGGGAGUUUGUGGAACUUGUGCGGGCUGGGCUGAUGUUCCACUCUUCUGUGGGACAAGGAUGGAGGUGGGGAGGAAUGAUGGCGCUGUAGUUCAUUACCUAUGAAAGCGUUCCAAAGAGCCAGACGCCCACGUGUGUACAGUGUGUGUAAACUAACCCUUCGUUCCAGGUUCCUUUCGCCCCAGCCUUUUGGUCCAGUGGAGCUAACCAUUGCCAUGGUUUGUAAAUGGACGUUUAAGAUGCAGGGCGAGGAUUAUGAAAAGCGGACACGCUGAGCAUUGCAUGAUCUCUCACGGGGUUGUGACAUGAACCUCUUGGACUGAGUGGGCUUUCCUGGUAAUUCGCAAGCAAAGAUGCUCUUGAUCUUGACUAACUUAGAACGGGAUAGUGGAGCAUUUUUGUCAGGACUGUGCUAAUGGAUGGAUCAGAAUGGUUCAUUGUCCCCUCUUCUUCCCUUCCCCCACAAACACUACCCUGGAAUGCUGCAAACAAAAUACUGUAUCUCUAGUUAAUUUUGUAUUGCACAUCACGAAGAAACAAUCCCAAGGUCAUUUUUACAGUUUCAUGCUUCCUCCAGCCCUGCAAUAUAGCACAGGUUGAGAUUUUAUCUAGACAAGAUGAGGACCUAUGUAGAAACCAAACCUAAAUUCUUGCAGACUUUUCGGAAUGCAGGGUGAAAUUCUGUCCCUUUGCAGUUUUGCCAAAACUUGAGUUUCUUGUGAAACAAGAAAAAAGAAACGAGUUGCAGGCUCUUCUAGUAAUUAUGCAAUUUUACAGUGUGAGAAUAUUUUUUAUAUAUGAAAUAUAUACAGCAUGUUUAUGGACAGGGAUAGUGCAGCCAGUCACCAAAUUGUGAAGAGAUCUACAGGGAUGUUUCACUUGACACUGUUUUUAAGAAAUGUAAAUGUGGGGUGUUACUGGUGUGGAUGAAAACGGUCACAAGCUCAUUAAUGCCAUGUAUUCAAGACCAGCCACCCAGUAAAUAUGCCCAUGGAAGUCAGGCUAUCUAAUUUUAUUUUUACGGAAUAACUGGAUUGGGUAUGAUGUAAAUGGUGAAAACCUCUCGCAGAUGCUGCCUACGGUGAAGCUAUCACUGUUUUACUUUCUGUAAUGAAGCUUUUUCUGCCAUCUGGGUUUUCAUUCUGAAUCAUGUCCGCUUUCCAGCCCAGCUUUCUCACCUCCCACUGGCCGUUCUAAAGGCAGCGGCCAAUGGGAGUUCGAGCUCUUUGAUGGGUAACUUGAUGAGUCUUUCUGCUGAGCCCCGUGGAAUAGGAGAAUGUUUGUAGCAUGAAGCCUAGUUAAUAGUCUGAAUAGUAUCUUGAAAUCUUAGUGAUGUCUUGUAAAGAGGCCUAGAGUUUCGUAGGAUGAAGGGUAUUAUUGCCAGAUUAAAAGGUGUUUGUUCAAAAUGCCCAGUUGGAAUGGAUGUGAGAUUUACAAAGGGAAAAUAACUUUCCAUUCGCUGCUGCUGUUACUGUCUAGUGCGGAGGUUGGAGCCUGAGCUAGCGCUACAGGUGCAGCCCCUUCCUUCAUGUCUCCCCUCCCUCACCUUGAGAGUCUCCGUUCCUGGAGCCCCAGGCGUGUGAAGUGUCUAACACUGAUUGCUAGAAUUGUGAGCUGUCAUUUUACAUAGGCUUUGCUGCCGCGUCUGAGGAAUAACAUCUGUUAUAGCUUUCUUGUGAUUGAAUACCAAAGAGCCAUUUUCCCGUUAGCCCCGUUACGCUUCGUUAUUGUCACAUGCUACAUAUCAGACUGACAGACUAAAUAGCCUGCAAAAGGCCAGUCUGUGUGUGGUGACGGUUUUGUGUAUCUAAGAAUGACCCCAACACUACAGGGCAGGACAGACCCACCUUGUAAAACGUCUGAGGAACGGGUUUUUUUGGUGAUGAAUGUAAAUUUUUUUCUAAAUGGAUAGUCUCGGGGUUGCCUGUCUUCUGUUCAGCAACAGUGAAGGGAUCACCAAAGGCUGACUCCAUUUAGGGCUGUUCUCUGAGACCUAGUCACUCACAGGAUAGGUUGGAAGCCAGUUCAGGAAAGAUGGUCCCCUCAGGAGAAGCCUUUCAGAACAAGUUGGCCAAGAUCAGAGUCCUUGCUUGGCAAAGUCUAGAGUGGAGUCAAACACCACGGGCAGACCGAGACUUCCUCUUGGUUAUGGUAAGGGAACUUGCAUUGCAGGUGUCUUCCCAUUGUCCCAGCCUGCUGUUGUUCAGUUUGUAGCCCAGUUUGUUCCUUGGUGUCAGAUGCGCAAAGGCUUGUCAAGGAAACAAAAAUUCCCCUCACUGGGGGCCGUUGUGUGAUCGCUCACUGGCUCAGGCAGUGCCACACAGAUAGAGCUUGUUUUGUUAUGAGGAGCAAGAACUCCAGUGCAGUCUGGUACAGGCCACUACUUUCUUCUGUGAAUAGCAGUAGCUCUUUCAGCCUGUCCUUGUUAACACUUACUGUUUUGAACGGGACUAGAUACCCACCAGAUUAUUGAUCCUACUGGAGUAUCGGGGAUUCUGAUGUUCUGCAGACCCUCCAUGAGAAUAACAUAGAGUGGCCAGAUGUGGGUAACAUGUCAGCAUGACAGAGGAUGUCCUGCUGGAUUACAUGGACACUUAGACCUCUGUUCACUUUAUGCAGAGUACGCCGACACUGUGGCAGGUAUCUGCAGAGUAGCAUCGUUGGAAUCACCAAAAGUGAUCUAGAAGUGUCUCGAUUAUAACCUUUGGGAAGUGAAGACCACCAGCCCUGGCAUUUGUGAAACUUAGACUUGCCUUCUCCUAAGGCUCUAAGAGGCUCACACAUGAGUGAAGAGUUGAGUCCCCUUGAAGAAGGAUUUGCCUGUCCUAGUGUAACUGGAAAAUACCACAUGUGACAGAUAAGCACAGUGCAUGUAUCUGGAAGGAGUUGCUACAUUCAAUCCUGAGAGUAUGAGAAUUUAGUUAAAGCCACCUUGCAAACUAAUCAGUGCACAAGGUAGGUAUAUUUCUCUUGUUCCAGUGCCCUUUUCCCACUGUUGCACAGGCAGGAGGGUGAGUAUUUUCUAGAGUCAUUAAAGGUCACCUUAGGAAUGUUCUGCAGUAUCUGACAGUUUCCAUUUAGUAUAGACUGGAAAGCAUUGAUCACUCUAUAACCAGUACCACUGGUGUGCUAAUACACCUGGUAUGUUCCUGUGCUUUCUACUGAGGCAACUGCUUCGGAACCCGGUGACCAAAGAAAUCCAAAUUCUGGCAUCAGCCAUGCUAGUGGUAGAACUUCAGUAACAGCUUCAUGGAAUGGGCUAUUGAUAAGCACAGAAUCGAAACACAAAGGCGCUCUGCAUUAAUAGGAGCUAUUUAAGCCAUGCAUAGUUCUCACCCUCCCUCCAAGACCUAAAUUAAGGGGUAAAAUCUUUCCAAAGUAAAUGGAGCCUAUGAGAAACUUCAACAGAAGAAAGCCUGUCCCCAAGGAGUUCCCCUUCCAUCCUGAAAGCUCAGAACAACUUGGGGCUUAGUUCAGGGGGAGCCUCUUUCCCAGGAGGCUCGAGAACCCAUCAAGAGAUGGCAAAGAGACGUCAUUCCAUUAGGAAGCUUUGAAGAUCCUCCUAGAGAAUUUCAGGCAAGUCCUCUGGAGUGUUCAUUCUACUGCACAGAGGAUGGGCAGGUGUAGAGAUCUUUGUACAACUUUGUUUUAAUGAUUAACUCUUUUAAAAAUGGGAAAUGUUCAACCCUCACGUGCCCCUAAAAAGAAAAGACUCAUUUGAUAUUUCUUAAUACCAACUCUUGACGCUUCUGGGUUCAAUCCAUGUGUAGUUUGCAGGCUGGGUUUUCCCCAUGCCAGCCUCUCCUUUCAGCAACUUUCCUGUGGACUUACUCAUUUUCUAAUACAUUGGGCUACCGAAGGAGAAUUUGUGGCAACCUGCAAACUUUUCAGGGUAGAAUAAUUUUACCAGGUCUCCUCUUCCCUCUCCCACCCCCUGUGAUUUUAAAGCUGGUAUAAUCCUGCAGGUCUGAACUUGUUUGUGGCCUAAUCUUAGUACACUAGUCCAGGUUACCAUGUUUUCAUCUCUGAGAGUGUUCCUGCAGUUCCCUGCGUGUGCAGGGUGAACGCUGGUGCGUUUCUGAAGGUAACUUGUUUUGAAUUUGGUAACUCUUAUCCCAGGUAACUGGCUCCCAUGGCAGGAGUAGCAUUGCUUAUCUUCACUUGGUUGAUGGGAAGAAUCUGGCAGGUUUUGUGCACUUUGCUUUAGAUGAUACCCAGUGGCAGUGGAGUUUUCCUGUGCUGCUGUCAAAGGGGGGAGCCCCUGGCUUGCCCAGCUGCGUGACACAUUGGCUACUUUGCAGGGGUUGGGGGGCCCACCUAAUUAAUCUGUAAAAUGUCUGCAGCCGUCCUUAUCCCUUUAAUUGAGGGAUGCAGCUCGGGUAGGAUGGUUGCCAGUGCACAGCGCUGCUGCUUAGAUCAAAGUCUAGCCCUGCAUCCAGAAGCCUGUAAUCUCCAUGGCAUGUCUUCCCCUUGAAACUAAGGGAAACCACAGGCAUUGUAUGCAACACAGGGAUAAUCAGUGUCGAAAUAUUAGUCUUCUCUCCAAAGACAACUCCAUUAGGCCUUGAAUUCAGAUAGAACAGACUCUUCUAUAGAUUCAGGCAGGAACCUCCAUUUUGCACAUUUAACGAGACUCCUUUAUUCUCUGUGCGAUGGUUGCAUGAGUUGAGCAGAAAAUGUCAUCAGACAGCAACUACGAGCGAAACGGGCACGAUCUCUUGAGAGUUCCCGAUAUUAAGGCAAAUUGAGAUCUGGCCCGUCAGCUGUGAUUUAAUGCAACUUUGCAUCUCCUGCGCCAUAGGGUGCUUCCCAAUAGCAUGCACAGUGCCAUGGGCUGCAUGUGACAAACCUGUCUGGGCAGACACCCAUUACUGUCAUCUGAUCCUCCCCUGUGUGUGUAGACCUCUCCCUACUCCUCUUUUGUGUCAUACUGUUUUACAUACUGUUUGCUAUGUGCCUUUAUUAUCGGCCAUUGUUUUCAAAGGAUGGCUAUGGGAAAAGUGGAACCCGUUCCUUUCCCAGCAACGUUCCUCUGCAGCCCUCUGCAGAUGCUAGUUGAAUGAAUGCAUCUGCGGGUUUUCAUUGAAGAGGUUUUGUCGCCGACACUCUUCUGCCUCUUCUCUUGUUGCCACUGAAUAUUUCUGUUCCCUUUUUUUGCCUCUAGGUUCCUCUCUCCUUUGUGCUUUGGAGUAGCCACAUGUUCCCCUUCCUGAAAGGUCGGACUGAGAUCAUUGGUCAGAUGCGGACGUAAAUUUGCGUAAGCCUGGGCCAGUCUUUGUGGCCCAGGCCUGGGGAGUGACAUGACCAAGUUGUGUGUGAAUAGGACUGACUGCACAGUCUUCCCCUGUGGUUACUGUUUGUGGAUGUUUUCACUAAGACAAUGACAGGUAAACUCUUUGGAAGCCAAAAGACAGGGCCCUUGUACAGUAUUACAAAAGUUCUUGUAUAUUAGUAUUAGUUCUAACAGUGUAAAGUGAAGGGAGGAGCAACUGUAUAUCCACAUCUGACCGAAGCAUUAGCCUGAGAAAAGCACAUUGCAGUGAGGGGGAGUACCUGGAAAAGUGGGGACUCCAGCUGGGGUUACUCAUUAGAGUUUAGCUGCUAGAGAUGGCAUUCCAUAGGAGCUGUGUCCAUUGCUCCCUUUGGAUUCACGGUUUUAAAAUCCUUCCUGAAUCAGUGUCUGUGUCCGGGAGUCCCUGGGCAGCUGCCAGCCAGACUCGACUGAAUGGAUUUCCUGGGUGUGAUGGUCAAAAAAUUCUAAAUGAUCAAUUUUUUUGCAAAGCUGUUUUCUCUCUCCUUGCCCUCGUCCCUCGACUCCUUUGCAUAGGUCACCCCGUCCUUCCUGGACAUUGGAAAAUUCAUACACAGUAGCUGAGCCUUACGUGUCUAGUUCAGUACUAGACAAAUAAAGAUUGUAGCAUGUCUCUUCAUGCCAGGGCUGAAGACUGGCAGACCACAAACCUCCUUACAGUAUUUACUGUGGGUAAUUUAUUUAACUAGUGAAUGUAGAAUUAAAAUAAUUUAAAAGCUAAUGGUUUGUUUGCGGGAUCGUACGUCCUCUCUCUAAUUGGCCUGACUUUAUUUGUGUUCUCAUUCCUUUAGUUCAUUCUAUAUAGCAGGGAUAGAACGGGCGGGGCGGAGGGUGGGUGAGAGGGUUAAUUCCAAGGCCGGAGCCUGGGACUCAGCUUGGGGCUGGUGUUCACAGUAGGUGAGGGUGGGUGGGUGUCAGUCUAGCCUCUGGACGCUUGUCUCGCAGAACCACCCCCCAGUGUGGCACAAUUGGCAGGCGAAUCAGGGAGGCUCGGGACUGGAGUAGCGGGGACUGCUGCACGUCAGGGCUGAGGAGCAUUGGGAAGAGAGCACGAGCAGCCCCUGGCUUGGUUGCUGCUACCACUCGCCUCCUCCCAGUGGCAGAGCACUACACGUUCGAACACCGUUUGAGAGGGCUGGUUUUGACACCGGCGGGAAUGAUUUCUUCUGUUCCUUUUGUGGUCUGCGUUCUGUUUGAAUAGUUUCUGUAUGUAACUGUAGUAAAAAACCAA